CAUGGGUCGCCGGGGGAGGGGGCUGCCUCUGCGAGCGAGGCGCUCCUGGGGUUGAGAAGUGCCUGGGAGUCGUCCGUUUGCCGUCCCGGACAGUCCUGCCUGGCACCGGGCUGUUGGCAUCGGUGGCGCGCCUCGCGGCCAACCUACUUCUUCCCACUCGUGCUUUCUGCUUACCUCUUCCCAGGAUUGUUUUCUCCCAGCCCGAAAGCAACGGGCCACCUCCCCACGGAGACAUCGGGAAGUUUUCAUCCCGGUAUUUUUAAUGACAGUUCCUUUAAAAUGUAAUGACAGACCUACAUUGUUUUCCCUGACUUUAAACACACACUUCAAGAUGCCGAGUCAUUUUGCUGCAAUAACAAACAACGAAACGGGAACUCGUUUGAAUUCCUUCCAUCAUCGGGAAAGUACCUCAAUCUGGGAAGCCUUAAAUGAAACUUAUUUAAAAUCACAGAUCAUAUACCAAAGAGAGACCCCAGUCAACAAUAAGGUGGAAAAGAAUGAUGUCCUUAAACAGUCUGCAAAAUGUCGUCUAUGAGCCGGUAAUCCCCUACGUUGGCACCAUUCCUGAGCAGUUGGAGCCUGGGACUUUGAUUGUAAUACGUGGGCAUGUGCCUAGUGAUUCGGACAGAUUCCAGGUGGACUUACAGUGUGGCAGCAGCGUGAAACCUCGAGCUGAUGUGGCCUUUCAUCUCAAUCCACGUUUCAAAAGGGCCGGCUGCAUUGUUUGCAAUACUCUGAUCAGUGAAAAAUGGGGACGGGAAGACAUCACCUAUGACAUGCCUUUCCAAAGAGAGAAGUCUUUUGAAAUCGUGAUCAUGGUGCUGAAGGACAAAUUCCAGGUGGCUGUAAAUGGAAAACAUACGCUGCUCUAUGCCCACAGGAUUAGUCUGGAGAAAAUCGACACUCUGGGCAUCUAUGGCAAAGUGAACAUUCACUCCGUUGCUUUUAGAUUCAGCUCGGAUUUACAAGGUACCCAAGCAUCUGCUGUGGAGCUGAUACAGAUAAAUAGAGAAAAUGUACAGAGGUCUGGCAUCUCACAGCUUCCUAGUGAUAGAGAAGGAGACAUUUCUAGAGCCACACCCAGAACUGUCUACACCAGGAACAAAGAUUCGACUGUCAGUCACACUUUGACUUGUGCCAAAAUACCACCUACCAACUGUGUUUCAAAGACUCUGCCAUUUGCUGCAAGGCUGAACUCCUCAAUGGGCCCUGGACGGACUGUCGUCAUUAAAGGAGAAGUGAACACAAAGGCCAAAGCCUUUAAUGUUGAUCUGGUAGCAGGAAGAUCAAGGGAUAUUGCUCUACACUUGAACCCACGCCUGAAUAUUAAAGCAUUUGUAAGAAACUCUUUUCUUCAAGACUCCUGGGGAGAAGAAGAGAGAAAUAUUACCUCCUUUCCAUUCAGUCCUGGAAUGUACUUUGAGAUGAUAAUUUAUUGUGAUGUUAAAGAAUUUAAGGUUGCCAUAAAUGGUGUACACAGCCUGGAGUACAAGCACAGAUUUAAAGAGCUUAGUAAUAUUGACACGCUGGAAAUUGAUGGAGAUAUCAACUUACUGGAAGUAAGGAGCUGGUAGCUGACAGAACUGCUACAAAAACCCAAAUACAAAAUGGCUUAUGUGAUACUGGCCUGGUUAAAACCCAUCUCACUGUCAUUAUACUGUUUAUAUUGUUAAAAUGAGCUUGCGUAUUGUCUCUUGGGCGUUCUGAGUGCUUGGGCACAAAAUGAGGAAAUUUAAGGCAAUAGCAACUUAAAGCUACCCUGUUCUUGCUCCCACUUUGGUCUCUUUAUUAACCCCACUUCAUAUUCAACAAGUAUUGAUUAAGUGCCUGCUAUAACAUAGUAGCUAACAUGUAUGUAUUUAACACUUGUUUGUCAGCACUGUGCUAGAAGCUGGGGAUAUAUACAUACAGUGGUGGACAAGAGUCGCUCCCUGUUUGCUUGAGCUUAGAACCUUCUGUGCUCUUCCAUCGGGCCACUGUUCUUUCUACAGGCAUUGCUUAAACUCACCAGGGUCCUUCAGGAUUAAAAGAGCUACUAAGUUAUUAACUAACCUAAAGACACUAAUUUAUAGAAGACACUACUCCUUCAUAUCCAGUUUUCUAUCAUAUUCUGUAAUUUAAAGGGUUGAUGUUAACUUGCAUUUAUCUGGUAGUUGAUUUUCUUUAGCAUAAUAAAGAUUUAGCUCUACUAACCAAAAACUUUACCGAAGAAUUAACACUAUAAAAUCUGAAGACAGCACAAAGACUAAGGCAAAAAGCAAUACAAAACAAAAAAUAAUGUUGAAGUUAAGCUCAAGGCAGCUUAUUUCUGUUCUGGUAAAUGAAUAUUUCCGAGGAUUUAAACUUAGAGUGAGUCAAAGGCCUGCACAUCUGCACACAGAAAGUUUAAGGUACCAAACCAAAACCGAACCCACUGCCGUUGAGUCGAUUCCAACUCAUAGCAACCCCACAGGACACAGCAGAACUGCCCCCAUAGGGCUGUCAAGUCUGUAAUCUUUACAGAAGUGGAAUGCCUCAUCUUUCUCUCUCAGAACACCUGGUGGGUUCAAACCACUGACCUUUCGGUUAGCAGUCAAAUGCCUAAACCCAGCACCACUAGGGCACCAGUUUAAGGUACAGGCAGUAUGAAUUCAACUUUUAAAACAUCGUAUGGGUUAACAAAAAAGUCAAGAUUAGACUUAAUGAGUGUUGACUAGGUACUAUCACAAAGUAAAAUACACCAACUGAAAGCCCGGCGAAGUAGGGAGAAAGGUACUGCAAGUCUGUUUCUUGUCUGCGUGCAGACCAACAACACUUGCCUCUCUGCCCUCCUGAAGAUUAGUCCAUCAUUAGCAGUGAGAUCAAAACACUGUUCUACCUUAAGUGAUUAAAUCAAACCUGUAUCAGCAAGUCAAACUUAGAUUUCUGUAAUUUUUCUGUUCUUUGAAGUUAGCUGGCAGAAAUUCUGUGUAGAACCCCUUACAGGUCAGAUCUUGUUACAGGGAGUUUCAAAGGAGUCGGGGUGGGGGGCUAGGUCAGUCAGAUCAUUUUAUCAUAUUAAAUUGUCCAGCUUAUUCUGCCAGAUUUAGGAAUAGGUUCAUAAGAGAUUUUAGUGAUUUUAGUGAUAUAACUAUUAUUUGAAUCCAUAUAUUGAAAAGAAUACUGUCACCAAUCUCUUGUUUUUAAAAGAGUGUACUCAGCGUAGAAACUGGUAGCCCUCAAUAAUUUCCCACCUUUUCAUGUUAAAUUCAUUAUGCAAAUAGUCUUGCCCAGCUCAAAAUGAUACUGUGGCAGUGGCGGUGUGCAGAAAGAGUUGUAGACGGCAAGAACAAGGCUCUAGAAUGGAUUAUUUUUCCUUCAUAAAGAACAUCGGAGCACAUGACUGAGAUGCUGGCGACUGUAGGCCACUUAGGAAAAAAUACAAGCCCAUUUUGCAUUGUUUUCUGUAAGUCUUGAACAUAGUUCGUUUUCAUUUUGUUUUGCACUGUGGUAUCACUUUUGAGUAGAAUAAAACAAUCAAGUUAUGGGGUGGGAGGAAGCUAUUACUAUUUAUUACUGAAUUUUGUUGAGACAUUUCUUGGAAAUCUACAUUCCUCGCAAGCUGUAUCUCUAAACUGCCAGUUGGCGUUUUGCUUAUUUGUCACAAUUCUGCAUUAAAUUUCUACAGUAAAUCAGAUCAAAGGCUUUCAAGUGCAAUGUAAACAUUGUUACGGGACAGUUCUUAGAUUCCUUAAAAAUAAAGGCACAGUUGUUUGAUCUUA